AUGGAACCAGUCGAGCUUGUUGGCCUUGCCCAAGACUCUGGAAAGCCUCUUCAUCACCACGAGCUCCAGCCGACAUCGUCAUCGCCCGCCGAAACAAUCAGAACUAUUCGUCAAGAGCCUUCGACCUCUUCUGACGUCGAGAAAGGAACACUCGACCACCCCGGCUCCAGCGACGGACAACCGACGUCGAUAUCUGCUCUCACGGAGCACGCGACUAGCGCACAACAUGCUACGGCUGUUCCAACCCUCGUCAACACCCAAAGCUCCGAUAAAGAGUCUUGUACCGGCUCGCGAUCAGCCUCAAACGAGGACCGACCAUCUGGCAAUGACUCCACAGCUCCCAUCAAGGAUCGAGGCUGGCAAGCAUGGAAGUUUGUCCUCGCUUCUGCAGCCACCGAGUUCAUGAUCUGGGGCGCAUCCUGGGGCUACGGCUCCUUUCAAGAGUACCACCAGCAAAACCCUCAAUCUCCGUUCCAUCACGCUUCGCUCACCGCCACCUCCUCCGUCGGCACCACUCUCCUUGCCGGGCAGCACUUUGUCACCUUGCUGACUUUCGGCCUGUACACCAUGUUCCCGCCGCUUGUCAAGACAUUCACCUACAUUUGCGUCGUUGGCUCCUCGCUCUCUCUCCUCAUCGCCAGCUUUUCCCACUCGAUCGCGCUGCUCAUCCUAUUUCAAGGUCUCGUCUACGGCAUGUUCAGCGGCAACGUCUUCCUAGCCGUCAUUCUCUGGUUGCCCAACUGGUGGGAUGAGAGACGUGGGUUCGCCACCUCCAUCAUGUUUAGUGGUGCAGGAAUCGGCGGCAUCGUGUGGCCCAUCAUCUUCUCGCAAACACUGCAAAGGAUCGGCUUCAGGGGGACGUUGCGAUUGUGGGCGCUACUUCAGCUCAUCAUUUCCGGCGGUGCUGUCAUGUGCCUCAAACCAGGGCGGAAGCCGCCUCCUACUCCGAAACCUUUGCGCUGGAAGUCGGCGCUGCCUGGUUUCCCGCGCUCCCUCUUGUCGCCUGUUGCGCUACUCAACAUUGUCGUCUCCCUCACCCAGUCAACCGCGUACUACUCGAUCUCGCUCAACAUCUCCAACUACGCCUCGUCUGUCGGAUUCAGCUCCACCACCUCCACCGCCAUCCUUUCCGCCUUCAACGCCUCUGCUGCCAUCACCUACUUUGUACUCAGCUACCUGGUCGACCGCUUCGCAUACCCUCUGCUCAUGGCGACGUCGACUACGCUCAAUCUCGUAUUCACCGUGCUGGUGCUAGGAUUCGCCGGCCGCUCGUUGACCAAGAUCAUUGUCUACGUCGUCUUCUUCGGCUUGACGGGAGGUGGCUUCGCUUGCUUCAUGACACCCAUGGCGAGAGACAUCCCGGACAGGUCGAGGUCGCACGAGUUCUCGCUUCGUUUCCUCUACUAUAUCACUUUCAGAGGCCUCGCUGCCAUGGUGGGACCCAUCAUUGCGGUCCAAGUCUAUCCCAAGCAUCUCGGCAGGGAAUCGACAUACGGCAGCUUCGGCUUCACGAGCUUCAUCGCAUUCAUCUCGGGUACGUUGGCAUUGUCGACAUGCGCAUCACUGGCCAUCUUUGCGCACAAACGAUACCUGCAGCCGAAACAGGAUCGAGUCAAGGUUCUGAGCAAUCCGGUGACUCCUCCUGCCGAAGCGCGGCAACAGAGUGGGACUGUUGCGGCGUAA